AUGAAAUCUCUUCAUCCAUAUAAACGGGAGGAUGAAAAUUUAGAGGAUGGAAAUCCUAAUAUGUACACCUUGCAAGGUGUCAUUCAAUAUUUACAGUACGAAGCGUUCAAAAAUGAAAGAGACAAAAAUAUAUGGGAAAUUGAAAAGGCAGAACUCAAGGUUCGAAUUGCCAGUCUUGAACGAGAAAAAGCAAGGCUGGAACAAACUAAUAGUUUCCAAGAAAGACGAAACGAAAUGUUAGAAAAAACUUUAAAUCAAGUUUACAAAAACAAAAAUGUUUCAGUAGACAAAGUAUACCCUCUCAUGCCUGAUUUCAAUGCUACCGGCACUACAGAAUCCAAGUCUGAUGCAUGUUUACGCAAAAGCAGAGAUUUUAUUAAAAAAUCUCUCCAGGAAGUUGUUUAUUUAACCAACUUACAACCAAAUAUUCGCUGGAACAGUUUACAAGAGCAAACAGAUUCACAGGAAAAGAAUUUGAGUACCUUUAAUUCAGAAAAUAAUGCCCAGGAUUCGUUUUUAAAAAAGGAGGUAAUCCUGAAUGAUGCUACUGAUGAAGAUUUUACACCAAAUGAUAAUAGUAAUAAGCCUUUGUCUGAUGAUAUGAUUAGUGAUGAUUUACUCGAAGAUGAAAUAAUGACUCCAGCUCUUCCUUCUUCAGGUGAUCCGUAUUCCGCAAAGACACCGAAGGUUAUUAAACGCUCUUCAGCCAAUACCUCGUUGUCCGAUGCUUUGAAUGCGAGUCAAGACGCCCUGACUCAGUUGGAUAUUAAUGAGGAGUUUCAUUUCAAUGACAAUUCUAUUGAAGAACAUGACAAUUGGAAACUAUCGUAUGAGAUUAUAAACUCCGCCGAAAUUACUCGCUGUAUCACGCAUGAACCUUUACCAGGAAGCACGCCUAGUUUUGCUUCCGGUACUGAUGAUGGAAUUAUAUAUAUAUGGACUCUCUCCGAAAAGCCGUCCGAACGUAUUGUGAGUGAAUUAUCUCCUCACUUAAGUUUUUACGGUCACAAGGGUCCGGUCUUAAGUUUAUGCGUACCUAAAGCUACUCAUCACAUCUUUAGUGGAGGUCACGACGGGACGAUUCGAUGCUGGAAAUUACCAGCUAUUUCAUCAAAUGAGCCGUCUUCCAUUCCCAUGACAGAAGCUACAGUAUUUUCGGGUCAUGAUGAUUGUGUAUGGGAACUUUUAUGCUUAGAGAAAAAAGAAAAAAAUCCGAUACUUUUGUCUUUAUCUUCUGAUAAUACGGUACGUGGCUGGAAAUAUACAGGAGAGCAAUUGCUUCAAAUUCUAAAACACAACAAGCAACCGUUGUCUAUGUGUCUUGUCGGUGAUCAGUUAGCAAUUGCUUGGAAUGAUGGAUUUGUUCGUCUUUAUGAAGUAGAAACCCAGGAACAGGUCGAUGAAUUCCUGAUAGCGGGUGAUUCAACACUCGGAGAUCCUGCAAUCAAAGAUCGCAUUAAUAGGAUCGUUGCUAAGCAAGAGCCCAAUCCUUGUCUGUAUUCACUGCAUGAGAACGGUAUUUUACGAGUUCAUGAUUUGAAGAAAAAAGAAUGUAUUUGUGAGAAAAGCGUAGAUAAUUUUGCUUUGACUGGCAUUUCAUUCGUUCCUCAUGCUUCACAACUGGCUGUCAUAAGUGCUGUCGGUAAUAUCCAUGUGUACAGUCAGGAUGAUUGCCUUUCUCCGAUUUCUGGACCAUACAACUCAAAAAAUAACCUUACUGGAAACGAUAAUUUUGAUAUUCUUUGGCUCAACAAUUCCGUGAAUGAUAAGCAGUUUCUGGUAAUUGGUGGUAAAGAGCGGAUUCAGGCAUACAGCCGAUCACUAAUCUAA